CAAACAUUCUCUGUAAAGGAUACAUGCAGUGGUUUCUUUGUAGACUACAAUUUUUGAAAGAUAGAAGGCACCAUGAAAUUUGUGUGAUGAGGGUAAAUAGUUCAUCAGUGAUCUUUACUUAUGCAACAGCGCUCAUCUUGUCAUCAUGUCUUUUUGGACUUGCUGCCAGUGAUGUCUUAUGUAUGAACAAACCAGACGGUCUCUAUGGGGACCCCAGUGACUCGAACGCCAUCAUUUUUUGCCGAAAUGGAGAAUCCAUCCUUUCUAAAUGCCCUGCAGGUCUGGUUUUCAAUGCAGUACUGAUCAAGUGUGACUACCCAUCUGCAACCACUGCUGGCACAGAAGGGAACAGUGAGAAUCAAAUUUUCUGCCACUCCAAAACAGAUGGUAACUAUGCAAAUGCCAGUGACCCAUACAUUUUCAUUGUAUGUGUUAAUGGGAUCAGCUACUCAUCUAACUGCCCUCAAGGUCUGGUCUACAAUCAACAGAACAAUUGGUGUGAUUACCCAACCUUAACGACUGCUGACACCGUAGAAACUGCUAUCACUACUAUCAAAUCAUUCGCAACUGAAACUGGCAGUGCAUCAUCAUCAUUAUCACCUGCUUCAACUUUAUCUGAUGCAGUUUCUACCAUCACAACCAGAUCAUCAACUUCCUCUCAACCUGGUUUAUCUGUGUUAACUGGAACCUCUGUACAGACAACUAUAUCCACAUUACUUCCAAAAACAUCCUCAGUAUUGACAAGCCUAAUCACCUCUUCAGCCUUGUCAUCACUUACUGCUUCAAGAUCAACUUACUUAUCAUCAUCCUCAUUGACUACAAGUAUCACCCCGUCCUCAUUAACAUCAUCAUCGUCGAGCUACUUGACUCUGUCAUUUACUACUUCUAACACAUCGAUAAGUCCUUCAUUAUCAUCAACCAGCCAAACUAGCAAAACCGAAAACACUGCACCAAGCACAGCUUCAGAGCCCACUUCUUUUCUACCAACUGACAGUUCUUUAUCCUCACUUUCAUCAUCCACCUCAUUGCUAUCAACUGUCAGUUCUUCAUCCUCAUCCUCAUCCUCAUCUUCAUCUUCAUCUUCAUCAUCCCUUGGAUCCUCCACUUCUUCAUUUACCAUGGCAGAAAACUCAGUCACACAAUUAAAUACAUCUACAUCAAGGGCAUUAUCAUCAGCUGCUUCUGACUCAAAUACAUCUACAUCAAGGACAUUAUCAUCAGCUGCUUCUGACUCAAAUACAUCUACAUCAAGGACAUUAUCAUCAGCUGCUUCUGACUCAAAUACAUCUACAUCAAGGGUAUUAUCAUCAGCCGCUUCUGACUCAAAUACAUCUACAUCAAGGGCAUUAUCAUCCGCUGCUUCUGACUCAAAUACAUCUACAUCAAGGGCAUUAUCAUCAGCUGCUUCUGACUCAUCAACUUUAACCACAACAGCUACAUUAGAAAACACAUCACAAAAUUCAGCUUCAACUGCUACAACUAUCAGCUCACCUAAGGCAUCAUCAGUUACCCUUACUUCUACUAUACAGUCUUUAAAUACCAACAGCACUGGACUGCCUGUCACUGAGACAGUCUCUUCAUUGUCAUCAGGAUAUACUUCUUCAACUUUGCAAUCCAGUUUUGACAGUACAGUAACAUCAGCUAUAACAUCCAGUAUAACUAUAUCAAGCACAUUUUCACUGUCUUCUUACAGUUCAUUUACUGUAACACCAACAUCAAUAAGUUCAGGAAUGACUUCUGAUUUAACAGCUUCAAAUGUUUCUAGUAGUUUGGCAACAUCUUCACUGUUAAGUACAGAAAACAGAAAAAACACCUCAUUGUCAACAACUGUUUUGUCAUCUUCAUCGACCCACAAUGAUCAACAAAAUGGUACAUCACAAAGUACAACUUCAUCACCUAAUUCUGCUUUCAGUACUCCAGUUUCAGUUACUGAUUAUCUUUCAUCAACUGCUACUUCCACAACUUUGCUCUCAUCACCAACAACCCAGAUCCCCACUUCCUUCUCUACUUUACUUUGGCAUGAAACCACAACAUCUGCAACCUCUGAAUUUACAAAUUCAUCGUCAUCACCCUCACCAUCAUCGACAAAUGACAUUGCAACAUCUUCCUCUAAUUUUAAUCCUGAAAUAGUAACAGCUACUACUUCAAUGACAAAAGUUACAACUGUAUUAAAAGAUCCUGCUGAAGAACAGGUGAUACAGCAAGGUGUCUCAGCUACAGGUGGUAAGAGUCGACAGUCAGUGCCUUCCUGGUCUAUUGCACUUAUGGUUGUUGCAGUGUUCCUGAUAAUACUUCUGCCAUUACUUGCCUUGUUGAUUGGCUGCUUAAUCAGAAGAGCCAAUUCCCGGGAUUCCUUUAGGUUAUAUCAUGAUCUUGCUACAAGUGACUAAUUAUCUUUCCUGGAAUUUCUUGGACCUGUGGACUGAGAGAUUAGAAGGUGACACCUCAGAACUGAACCACAGGCUGUGAGAGAUUGCCUCAUUGGUACCUGAUGUGCAAAAUUGAUCCCCUAUCAAGAAUUACUUUUGCUUUCUUUUCUGAAAUAUUUAUAUAAACCUUUAUUUUUUCUAUAUAAUUAUGAUAUUUUAUUUGGUUAAUUAUGCUCAUUACUAUUUAAACUUAUGUUUAAGUUUAUAACUGUAUUUUUAUAAUUCAAAAGAUAAUUCAAAAUGCUUU